AUGCUACGUAAUAUAUCCUUGAUUUCAUUUAUACUAGGUGGUUUAAUAACCUUAUUAACUUUAAUAUCAUAUCAAUCAAAAUUAAAUGGUCCAGAUAAAUCAUCAUGUAGAGUAGUUUGGAUGUAUCCAUCAUAUAUAAAAUUAGAUAAAUUUGAUGAAACUCAUACAAAAUAUGCUUCAAAAUAUUCUAUUUACCUUUAUAGAGAACAAGGUAAAGAUAAAAUACCUAAAGAAAAUGAUGAUAUGGAAUUAGAUGGUGUGCCCGUUUUAUUUAUACCUGGAAAUGCUGGUAAUUAUAGACAAGCAAGAUCAAUUGCUGCAAGAACUACAGAAUUAUUUCAAGAAAUGGAAGAAAAUCAUGAUCAUUUUAAUUUCAAAAAAUUGGAUUUUUUCACUGCUGAUUUUAAUGAAGAUUUUACUGCAUUUCAUGGUAGGACUAUAUUAGAUCAAUCUGAAUUUUGUAAUGAAGCUAUAAAAUUUAUACAAAGUUUAUACCCUAAAAAGCAAAAAGUUUUAAUUAUUGGACAUUCAAUGGGUGGUAUUGUAUCAAGAAUUAUGUUAACUUUACCAAAUUAUAUUGAAAAUUCAGUAGAAACUAUUAUAACAUUAAGUUCACCACAUUCUGCUUCUCCUUUAACUUUUGAUGGUGAAUUAUCAUCUAUUUAUUCAGCAAUUGAUAAAUUCUGGUAUGAAGGUUAUAAUAACCAAGAUUCAUCUUUAAGUUUAUUAGCUCAACAAAGACUAAAGAAUUUGAUAUUAAUUUCAAUAACUGGUGGUGCUCUUGAUUCAACAUUACCUGCAGAUUAUACAAGUUUAGGAUAUUUAGUUCCACCAUCAAAUGGAUUCACUGUUUUCACUACUGGUAUUCCACUUGUGUGGACUCCAAUUGAUCAUUUAGCUAUAGUAUGGUGUCAACAAUUACGAACUGCUAUUGCUAAUUCUUUAUUGGAUGUGGUUAAUAUUAUAGGACUUGGAUUUAUGAAUGAAGAGACUUCGGUUAUCGCAAGAAUGAAGGUUUUUAAAAAUUAUUAUUUGACUGGAUUUGAAAACACUAAACCUACUUUGUUAUUAGUUAAAAUUGGUCUACCAGCUACACAAUUACAAGAAAAUUAUUAUAAUCAUAUAAAAACCCCAUAUGAAAAAUGUGUAUUUGAUAUUAGUAACUCAUCUAAAAAUUAUCAAUUCUCAUUAAUAUCAUCUGUCAAAGAUAAUGAGUAUUACGUUGAAAAAGAGAACAAAAUGUAUGAACUUGGAAAUUUACUAUCUACAAUACCAAACCCAAAAGCUCAAGAUAUUUCAGAUUCUUCAUAUGAUGGAGAUUACAAACCUUACUAUAGUUUAGAAUUAAAUUCAACAUUUUUAAGAAAUUAUCACAAAUUAUAUAUUUUAAAUAAAGGUGAAACACAAUUCCAACUUUCAUCUCAACAAACAAACUAUAAGUUUCAAGGUAAACAUUUAGCCACCAUAGGAGAUUCAAUAACAAUACCAGAAAAUCAUCCUUUCGUUAUUAACUUAAAUAUUCCUCAAGCAUACAAUAGUCUUUAUGUCUAUAAAUUAAAAUUUUCAGAACAGCCAUUAUUGGUACGACAAUGGACUCAAGAUCCAUAUGAAUCCAAAUGGUUUUCUAAUUUGGAAAGUACAACAUAUUUAACAAUGCAUGGAAUUGCACCAUUUGUUCCACACAAGAAAAAUAAACAAAAUUAUUCAAUGAAUUUACAAAUUUGGUCAAAACCACAAAAAGAUAUAAAAGUUUUUAUACUGAUUGAUUAUUUACAAAGUUUAAAAUUGUUAGUGCUUAGAUAUAGAAUCACAAUUGUUGGAAUUAAUAUAUUUAUUAUUUAUUUAAUAAUAUUGUUACAGUUUAAUGCUGAAAAAUUCCCAUCUUUUGGUCAAAUUUUGAUUUAUUUGAACUCAAAGUAUUUAAUACAUAUAUGUGUUGGAUUGAUAUUACUAAACUAUUUGACUACAUUUAAAUUUUUACAUUAUUUUGAUCCUGUUUUAUUACUAGAUUAUAAUAAGUUUAUUAAUGAUGUAACUACAAAUGGGGAUAAAUUUCAAGUUAAUUUAUUAUUUUUGGGAUUAGUGGAGAAGUUUUCAAUUAUUGGAAUUCUACUAUACUUAGUUUCAAGUUUUAUUGUUGGAGUUAUGUAUAUUGCAUUAAUUUCAAUUGGUUCAAUUCUUCAUUUUAUCAUAAAUUCAAUACCAAGUAUAAGUUUUAAAUCACCACCAAAAUUUUUACAAUUAGUCAUAAUCAUUCUUGUUCUUUCAUUAAUACCUUACUAUAUCCCUUAUCAAAUAGCCUAUUUACUUUGUUGUAUAGUACAAGCUUACAAUGUUGCAAAGAAUUGGACAAAUAUGAAAAUUAUUAAUUAUCAGAUAUCAAUAUUAAUAUUAAUGUUAUGGAUUUUACCAAUAAAUAUACCUAUUUUAAUAGUAUUCAUACAUAAUUUACAAUUAAAUUGGAAGACACCAUUUAGUUCACAUCAUAAUUUAUUAUCAAUUAUUCCAAUUGUAUUACUAGUUUACAAAAAUAAAAACUUAAAAAGCUUUUCAAUUCAAAACAUUAAAUUUAAAUGGUUAAACAAUGUAAUGUUAACUUAUUUAGGUUUUUAUUCAUUAAUUUACGGAAGUAGAAAUACUUUUUUCAUACAUCAUUUAUUCAAUUUAUAUAGUUGCUUAUUAUUGUAUAUAAUGAAAAUUCUCAACCAUUAA